UUUUUUGAAUAUUUUACUCAUUUUUUUAUAUAAUUCUUUUUUUAAAAAUUGUUAGUAGUGAUAUUUGAGUUGAAAUUAAGUUGUUGAUUGUUCUGACUGAUGAAUGAAAAUCCAGUGAAACUUGAUAGAUGACAAUCCAUGUGCUCGCGGCAUGGCAAUCAUGAAUACCUGCUGCUGUUGGCGAUCUGUUCGACGUGGAAGUUUUGCUUGUGCUAUUUACACUGGGAUUUAUUUUGGACUGGUUGCCACGUCGAUGAGUAUGCUACUUGAAGAUGAACAUCUUUACUUAUCUGGCAACACGACGAUGCCAAAAUCAGUAUCAUUUCUUGAGCCUGAAGGAUUAUCACCUGUUACAUUGAAAUAUAAUAUGAUUCUUCUCAUAUGUUCAUGCUGUGGAGUUAUUUGCUGUAUACUACUUGUUUAUGGUCUAUUAAGGGAUCAAAAGUAUUUUCUAUUACCUUGGAUUGUCAGUGUCAUUACUUCAAUAUUUGUUGACAUCAGUCAUACAUUGUAUUUAUGUAUUUUUACCUCGUUUCAUGUCGAUCCUAUUACAGCACUUGUUCAUACACUAAAUUUAUUUCUUCAGUGUAUUAAUGUUUACUCUCUUUUGUGUGUUAUCUCUCAAUAUCAGGAGUAUAAUAGUGGAAGAGGAACAGCCUCUGAUGAUUGUGAACAUAGAAUACCAGUGAUACGUUAUACAGUGCAACCAACAACAACAGCAACAUCAUGUUUGUCAUCACGUCGUCCUUGUACAACAAUUGAUCAUAAUGAAACAAAUGAACUGAAAACAAAUAUAAAUACAAAUAUACCAACACAAAGUUCAACGUCAUAUCGUACAAUAUUAUCAUUUGAAAAAAAUACAAGUGGAGAAAAAGCUGUGAAAAAACAUGUACAAUUUCCCGAUACACCAUCGUCAAGUCAAACAUGCAAGUCGGAAAUAUCAACUACUGGAUGGCCGUCUGACAAUGAAUUGACUGUAACCCCUUCUUUACUCAUACCACCAAUAAAUGCCAAAUUAAAUAAAAAUAAGUGA